CGGUCAUUCAUCCUGUUUCCACCACUUUUCGCCGGGUCCUUACAUGUUCGUGGUCUUGUGUUCACGUUUAGUGUGUGGUUUAUGAUUAGCCAUUUUUUCCCAGUGUUAUCUCAGAGGGUGUCUCACGUAUUGUACCGGGUUGCACUGAUGAUGAAACCGCAGGUUGUGUUCGUGUUGGGCGGGCCUGGCGCGGGCAAAGGGACCCAGUGCUCCAAAAUUGUGGAGAACUACCGUUAUACACAUUUGUCAGCGGGAGACUUGCUGAGGGCAGAGAGAGGGAGGGAGGGUUCUGAAUAUGGACAACUUAUUGACAGCUACAUCAAGGAGGGCAGGAUUGUCCCUGUAGAAAUCACCAUCAACUUACUGAGAAAGGCUAUGGAGGCCACCAUGCAGAAAAAUGAGAAAAAUUUCCUCUUCCUUAUAGAUGGCUUCCCCCGCAACGAGGACAACCUCCAGGGCUGGACCACUGUCAUGGAUGAAAAGGCAAACGUCAAAUUUGUGCUCUUCUUUGACUGCAGCAAUGAGGUUUGUAUUAACAGAUGUCUAGAAAGAGGGAAAAGCAGCGGACGUACUGAUGACAACAGGGAAAGCCUGGAGAAAAGAAUCCGAACCUACCUUGAGUCCACACGACCAAUAAUCGACCAAUAUGAGAAACAGGGCAAGGUGCGCACUGUGGAUGCUUCCCGUAGUGUAGAUGAGGUGUUCGCCGAUGUAAAAGCCAUUCUAGACAAAGAGGGUUGAGCAUCACCAGCUGUCAACUGCUGUACCCUUCAUUUACAUUUUAGGAUUAUUUUUAUCAACUGCAAUUGUACUAUACCAAGUUUAUCGUAUAUUCAUAAGACUUUUUACUUUUUGUCAGUUUUGUCUCUUUUGUAAAUGCUCUGUGAGUGCAUGUACAAUAUAUAUGAGUGUGAGUGCAUUUGAAGUAAAGAUGACUUGCAGCCAGCCAGGUGUGGCAGUGACCUGAAGGGUUCACACUAGCAGUAUCUCAUCUGUACCUUCAUGUUUCAUCAUAGUUUGAGGUCUUCACAUAAGUUCAAGUAGUAUUGCAAGCUUGGUGAGACACAUGUUGUUUUCAAGCAAAGACAGACACGUAUAGUACUGUAACUUUAUGAAAAAUAUCCAAUCACAAAAAGCACUUCUACUUCUUUAGAAUAGUGGAUCACAAGUAGUGACACCUCCACAACAGCCAAAACGCAUCUCACAGACCAACAAGUUGUUUGUACCUCAACCGGAAAAUGAAAGAAACAGGCUAGGCCAACCAUGCAACCAUCCUGUUUUACAAAUCAACAGCGUGGCCAAUGGCUUCUGCCUGGUGUACCAAUGAAAUAUCAAAAACACCGUGUCGUGUUCUGAACAAUGAGAAAAAGGGCCAGGGCGACAAGCAAUUCCUAACUGUGCCAAUGUAUACUUGCUCAAAAGAAUUAAGGAUUGUUCCCAAAUUUGCAUUUCGGAAAUGUGAAAUGGGGGCACGGUGUACCCGCUCUAGUGCUUCUGUCAGGUCAGGGACUUUUUUUUUUCUGUAACCAGAAGUCGAUGUUGAGUCUUUGUGAUGGAUAGCUCAAUCUUCCACAAUCAUAUUGCUUUGUUGUAUAACACGAUAUUAUCUCUACUUUGUGCUCUGUCACUGGAUGGUUUCAUGAGAACCAUGGAGAAAAAAGGAAAAUGUAGAAUCUGGUAUUGUUCUGACAUGAAAUAGGGGAAAAUAAACUUCAAA